AUGAACUCCUCGAUGACUUGCAUGGUUCUUUUGUCCAUCCUCCUCAUGGGCUCAUGUGCCGCUCUACCAGUCGGGGGUCCUCCUGGUACUACUGGGCAAUCCGCAUCGUCCAAUAUGGCAGCCCCAACAACAGGCGGAGGUCCCGGUGGUCCUGGGCAAGUCGCAUCUCCCCGAGCAGGAGCCCCAACGACAGGCGGAGGCAAUGGUGCUCUUGGGCAAGCCGGACCUCCUAAUGCAGGACCCCCAACAACAGGCGCAGGCUAUGGUCCUCCUGGGCAAUUCGCACCUACCAAUGCAGGCCCUCCAUCAACAGGCGGAGGAAAUGGUCCUCCUCAGCAAUUCACACCUCCCAAUGCAGGUCUCCCAGCAACAGGCGGAAGCUAUGGUCCUCCGGGGCAAUUCGCACCCCCCAACGCAGGACCCUCAGGAACAGGCGGAGGUUACGGCCCUCCUGGGCAGUUCGCACCUUCCAAUUAUGGAUCCCCAACAAUGGGCGGAGGUUAUUAUGGUCCUCCUGGGCAAUUCGCACCUCCCAAUGCGCAAUUCCCAAUAGCUAGUGGAGCUUUUGGCGGUCCUGCGCAAUUCACACUGUCCAGUCCAGCACCCCCACCAAUAUUCGCAGGUUAUGGUAGUUUCCAACCAGUUGUCGCGCCUCCUAUAGUAGCGGCUGUAACGCCAGUAGCAGUAACCCCACCGCCGAAAUCAGCUUCAUCGAUCAUGGACAUAGUAACGAAAGGACUUUCUGCAGGCGGGCUCUCUCUCCCUUCCGCAAUCACCGGCGCCGUCGGCUCAGGUCUCUACUCAAGCGGAUUAUGA